AUGUCUACCGAAGCUGGGGAACGGCCUCAGGCCGGCCCAACGCAGUGCGUUGGUCCGCCUUACCGGUCAGAGAGCCAAAAACCCUCAGCCACUGUCUCUAAGGAGGUCAACUAUGACAAUGUUGUCACUCUUCCUCAGACUCCUCAGCUCAUCGCCUUGCUCACGAUGAUUCGUGACAAAAACACCGAUCGUGCCGACUUCAUCUUCUACUCAAAUCGCAUCAUCCGUCUGCUCGUCGAGGAAGGUCUCAACCACCUGCCCACAGUAGAGCACACCAUCACUACACCUGUCGGUCGCACUUAUGCCGGCCUGAUGUUUCAGGGCAAGAUAUGCGGUGUCUCUAUCAUGCGCGCUGGCGAGGCCAUGGAGCAAGGACUCAGAGAUUGUUGUAGAUCCGUCCGCAUCGGCAAGAUCCUCAUCCAGCGGGACGAGGAGACCGCGAUGCCCAAGCUCUUCUACGACAAGCUGCCCGAGGACAUUGCGCAGAGAUGGGUCCUUCUACUCGACCCUAUGUUCGCCACAGGGGGCUCUGCCAUCAUGGCCGUUGAGGUUCUGAAGUCCCGGGGCGUCCCGGAAGAGAGGAUCAUCUUUUUGAACCUCAUCGCCAGUCCGGAGGGUGUCAACAGCUUCGCCACCAAAUUCCCCAAGCUUCGGGUUGUUACUGCAUUCAUUGACCAGGGUCUCGAUGAUAAGAACUACAUCAUCCCCGGGCUGGGAGAUUUUGGCGAUCGUUUCUACACUAUGUAG